UCAAAUCAGGUCAGCAGCAGCGGAUCAGCACGAGCCACCGGCGCGCGCGCGUACGCACGCACGCACAUACGCAUACACAUAUACACGUGCACAUACACAUAUACAUACGCGCGCACGCACGCACGCGCUCUCUUUCCGCACGCGCACCGAUGUGACGCGUCUUGAUAAAGAGUGAUGCCGUGCUGGAGCUUCCCCAGUGACUGUCUAAACGCUGCACUCUGGCUGAUGAGCUGGUAUGCUGAUUAGAGCGUUGCUCAACCGAGCACGUCCUCCUGGGAACAGCAACCACUAUACACCUGCCUCAAGUACCUGAACAAGCUCCACCCGGAUCAGUCUCUCUCUCUCUCUCUCUCUCUCUCCCUCGCUGUCUUUCCCUGUACCGCUCUCUGGCUAAGGCAGCCAUGACCGCCUCGCUCUGGCUGGGGGGGUAACGGUGUUAAUUGGAGGAUCGGCGUGUUGGUUGCCGUGGUGAAGUGGCGCCGUUAGCUCAGCAGCAGUGUCAGCAGUGUGAUGGACUCGUGAGGUGAAGAUGGCAGCGUCGUGGCUGUGUCGUCCCCAGCAGCCCCAUCAGAGUGGUUAAGGAGGAAGACGACGCUCUGGGCACAGGAGCAGCAUGCAGGAGGCUGACCUACCUGCCACUAAUGCUUUCACAGAGUGCAAGUUCCUGUGCACCAAUGGUCGCUGCCUGGACCUUAGCUCGCUGGUGUGUGAUCAGCUCAACCACUGCGGAGACAACAGUGAUGAAGAGAACUGCCCCGUUUCCACCCAGCACCCUUCUCCCGCCCUGUUCUACUCUGAAUUGGAGUUUGUGCAGAUAAUAAUCAUAAUCGUAGUGAUGAUGGUGAUGGUGGUGGUGAUUAUCUGUCUUCUGAACCACUAUAAACUCUCGACGUGGUCCUUGAUGAGCAGACUGGGCCAGGCCAGGAGGCAGGAGCACUCUCUGCAGCCGGAGGGAUGUUUUUGGCCAUCAGAUAGUGGAUCCAGACAAGGAGCUUCAGAGGUGGUGUACGCUCCUCAUCCUCGUGAGCGCUUCAGCACUCCCUCAUUCCUACAGCGAGACCGCUUCAGCCGUUUCCAGCCGACCUACCCUCUGCUGCAGCAGCACAUCGACCUGCCGCCCACCAUCGCACUUUCAGACGGUGAGGAGCCGCCGCCAUACCAGGGACCGUGCCCGCUGCAGCUGCGCAACCCCGAGCAACAGCUGGAGCUGAACCGCGAGUCGGUGCGAGCGCCACCCAACCGCACAGUCUUCGACAGUGACCUGAUGGACAGCCAUGGCCCGUGCCCCCCUAGCACCAACACAGGCAUCAGCGCCGCCAACUGGAGUGCCCAGGGACGCACGGAAGGCCCCCCACCCGCCUACAGCGAGGUCAUGGGCCACUAUCCAGGCAAGGCGUUUUAUCUUCACCAGCACAGCAAUAACCAGUCCUCCUCCGUGCCAACUGUGCCCGGUGCCAGGACGCGCCAGGGCAGCACGGAAAGCACAAUAGUCCUGAGCAAAGCCAAGGACAUGCAGAGAGGAGAGCUAGUGUAAUGUCAACUCUCCAAACUUUCUUACCGGCUAGAAAAGGGGUGUGAUCAGUCUCUGGACACGCCCAUGCACAACAUAAAACGCGUCUGUCUUCAACUACAAAAGCAAAGCCACAUUACAAAGAAGGAACCAAGUGGAGCAAAGCUUACAAAAUAACAUUUUAUUGACUGACUGUCUCAGAAAAAGACAUAACAAAGCUUUGUAGCGCUAUUUUGUACUUGUGUAUUACAUUCAAACGGGAGAUGAUGAUAUUAGCACAUAAGCUUGUUUUGUUUGUUUGUUUGUUUUUGUUUCUUCUUCUUUUGGUGAUGUGCUCUACAAAACACCAACACAUCCACUGGUUAAGACCGGACUUGGAGUCGAGGGACUUGGAUUAAAGUUUUCCAGGACCAUGAUCUGUGCACAAUUCAGUUGAAACAGAAAUCCAAAUCCUAGUGCCAAGGAGGUUUUUUGGGGGGGCUGGCGUGAGAGUAAACCCUCACAAUCAUAUACAUUUAAAUCAACACACACAUACACACACACACAUACACAAGUUGCACUAUCUUUAUUGUGGAGAAAAAGCGAGAAAUGCAUUUCAUGGUCUUUGUUGUUAAAGAAACUCCAAAGUUGGUGAUCUGUAGAAGCAGUAGGUUUUUUUUCUCCUUACUUCUGCACAAGAGUUACUUAAAUCCAGCCUAGAAAUCCUCCUUCCCGGUCCGUAGUCCUCCUUACGGUCUUUCAGACACUUUUACACCACUUGAGGUCAGAUAGACGCUAACAGAAUGUUACUUUUACGUAAUAUUGUCACUUUACACACAGAAAUAUUCUAAGGUUAUUAAGUAAUUACUUUUGUCUUUUGUUAUAGCCUUUUUUUUCUCUCUAACAGUCUGAAAGACACUUUCCUUCCUGUAGCAGUGUUAAAAUCAUUAAUUUUCUUUAAUAUGCUUAAACCACAUAAUCAACGAUGAGGGAAAGGUAUCAUGUGCGCAGGGUCGUGCUCUUAAAGUUAUUAAUUUCUGAACCACAGUCAAGGCUAUUGUAAUCCUUUACACGUGUUGCACUUGGCCCGUGACAAAAAAAAGGCAUUUAUUUAAUCAUCAUUAGAGCGCUAUAUGGACGCGAGGUGUUAUCUGUGCAUUGUUCAGCAUGGACGGAAGCGUCUCCUGGCUUUUCCUUACUUGAAAUGGCUUACGCUGCCCAGUCGUGCACUCUCACUUUCGUCCCCUUUCUCGCCACAGAUCACCAUCUGUACGACGUCCCGAUGGACGUUGCCAUAGUAACCAGAGUGAGCAAAAACAAACAAGCAUACAAACAUGGCCCAUGUCGCUGUGCUGUCCAUGUCUCCUAGGUUAGGUAAGAUAAUCAUGUUUAGUAACACGGUUAAGCUAAGGGCUAAAGUGAGGGUUGUUCACUGUAAUAUCUCAUUAACCCAGCCUUCCUCUGAUUGCAUUGCCUAUUCGGUUCCUCGCUUCUUGCUCAGUUCUUACACGUGUCAGUAUUGACGCAAGCGGUUUGUUCUGCGUUUUUAAAAAUUUUUUAUUUAUUGAUUUCUUAAAGUGUUGAUUUGAGCUCAUCUCCAGCUUCUGUCCGUGUUGAUCCGCUCUUAGGAGGAGUCUCGAUCGCAACCGUCUUCACAGAGAAGCAGUGCAUGAAAACACCUGAGCUGAUCCAAACUUAGCAGCUUAAAACACUGAGGAUUUAAACACCUUAGUUUCAUUGCGUACAGUUGCGCUGUUCUGUUUAAAAUGCAAUCAUGUCAUCACUUUCAAUCCAUAGCAUUGUGGUUAUUGGGCGAACAGAUCCAAACCAUGGUGCUACAUUUACUUUGUAGACGUUUACAAGCUGAGCACAUGUUGUUCUGUGUUAAAUGUGUCUGGAUGAUGAUCUGGUGGUCAGCACUGGUGAGGUGUGAGAGACUCGAUGCAUGCAGGUGGUUUGGUUAGCUGACACUGGGACUUAGUGGGUGUCAGUCAAAAGCUCUAAGCUCUUUUCAACCAGGACCCAAAGGAACUCUUUGCCUUGUAGUACGGCAUACAUCCCUUUAAUAUCAGCGCUAAAGGCUCAUCUUUUUUUUAGCCCUUUUUGUUCUUCAUUUAGGGCGUCGAACAUGGACAUAUUUAUUUGAUACGUCCAUCCUGUAUGUUUCCGUUUAAGAUUAUUUCACUGACACAUGCUUAUCAGCUGCCCUUUUCUUUAAUGUUGUCAGUAGAUUUUAAGCCUCACUGCCCCUAAAAUCAUUAGUGUGUUUGGCUCAACUGUACAGUGCGUGCGUGCAUGUGUGAAAGUUUAUUCAUGAAGACGAUGUGACCUGUAGGCUAGUUACUCCAGCUAGAUUACCAAGCCUGGUUUCUCAAUCUGGCUCUUGACCUCAAGCCUUAACUGCCUAGAAGUACACUUGAAAGACAAUGAGACAAUUUAUUGGACACUAAUCCCAGACGAGAAAGUGUCCUCGAGUGUGUUUGUGUUUGUGUAGAAAACCAGCUUGUUCAGAAUGCAUGUUCAGGGCUGGUUCCCUGAUUAAAUAUUAAGGAUGUACAUACACUAGUUUGCUCUGAUUCACCAUUUUUUUUGUGCGCGCGCGUGCAUGAGUUUUAGUCCAGGACGAGGUCUGAUCAUUGUCAGUGUUUGGAAGGACGUGAAGAAUUUCUGUUAAAGCCUUUGCAUGACGAACAGAGCCACUAUCUGCACACUUCAUUACCCAGGAGGUGUUUUGGGCACAAAUGAAAACUAGCCAAGGAUCAAAUGUGUAAACACGGUUCAGUCUGUUUUACUUCCAGCUGAGUUUCAAUCUGCACCUGGAGACCUGAACCUCUACAAUAGACGACAAACCUGAAACCUUUAUCUUUUUUUUUUUUUUUUAACUGCGAUGCCAGCAUUCAGUAAGGGCUUUUGCCAGCUACCCCACGCAUCACAUUCUUAUUUUAUCUCCCGUAGGUUGACACGGACACGGCAAGUAGCGCCAGCCGCUUUCAGAAAGACUGAACGAUGUUCCUGUUUGUUUGGUGCUGACCGAGAUGCUUGAAAGUGUUCCGUGUGUCGGAUGUUUUCUCCCGUCGUUUACUCUUCCAAAGAGCUCUCGGAACUUAUCCCUUCAUCUGUGCUGUGUUUAAUGCUGCUGCUAUCGCUGCUGCUGCUGCUGCUGCUUUCACCAAUCGAUUGCAAUCUGGCCCACGCUCGUUGGCUCGACCCUUUUCUCAUAUAUCGACCAUCGUUUCACCGUCUCCGCUCGGCUUUUCCUGCCUCGUUUUGUCCGAUUGUCGUCCUCGCUACAAACAAGUGCUCGUCGUCCGUGGAAUGAGGCGUUGUUGCAUGUGUGUAUGAUGUGAGCUAACCCGGUGCCUAAUGUUCACGUUUCGAGCAGACGUAGGAACCCACUUGCACUCUUUAAGCUCCCACCUUCGGUGUGCCUCACUUCCAACGGUGCUUUUUAUUUCUCUGGUCUGUCCGUCUGUGUUUUAUUUUUCUGUUUUUUAUUGUUUGUCUCUCUCUUCUUUUUUUUUUCUUUUGUAAGGUGCUGUAAAUAACUUGAAUAUGUUAUGCACACAUAUCCUACCCAAUGGGUAGAAACCACAAAAGAUAUUGUUAAUAGUGUAAUAUAAUGUAUAGAUGGUAUAAAAAUUUAACACAGUGGUUAUCAGGUUUGUAAAUGCCUACAGUUCGAAAUGUGCUUUUGUCUUUUUUUGUAAACAAGGUUUGCAAACGAUACUUAAAUAUGAAUUACAGAACAAUUACAAAGUACUACUUAUUUUUCUUAUGAAUAAUAACAAUAUUAACAGUAUGAAUGGCAGUUGUUCUAGGACAAGAGAUGCUUGAAAUAGAAUUUUUUUUUUGGUUUUUUUCUUUUUUUUUUAAUCCUACCCUGAGAUAACAACUUGUAUAAGUUGCAAUUUAACGGUAGAAUCGGCGUACCAGUGCAAAUCUGUGCUACAGUAUAUACAUUUUCACGUUUACCAAAACCAUUUUCACCCACAGCGUUGAACCAGCUAACACACUGACUGUCACAUCAGCAUUGUUUUACAAAACGGACUUAGUCCCGUGCAGUCAUGUCAGCCAUGACGCGCCCUUAACUAAGGCGUCAUGUCCUCACUGGUGUCUAAAUGAAACCUGGAAACUUCUGCACAGAAGUAGAAUCGAAUCUAAUCAAAUUAAACACGUCCCUACAUUCCCAUGGGUGGACUGGUGAUUUAGGCAUGACAUGGCCAUACUGUAGCUUGCGCACACACACAGGAAGAAAGCAGCAGUUUACCAAACUUUCAGAUACACCAAUCACGCCUGCAAAGUUUGGAAUGUUUGUGUGUCUCUAUUGCAGUAAAAAAAAAAAUUAAAACCCACACAAACCAUUGGUCACUGUCCAGGCUAUCCUUUCGAAAGCACGCAUAUUCUAUAUUAUUUGAGGUACUCUGUAAGCACGUAAUAGCCAGUCUUAAAUUUCCAUGCAAUGCUAUGCUUCCAGCGUUUUAAUAAUCAAUCCAGACAGCGACUACACUGACACUUCUACCAUUCUUAUUUCUUACUUAUUUAUUUUACACAUUCUGUGUACGUGGUAUGUCGGAACAAAAAAAUAA